UUUCGCUCAGAGCUCGCGGGACCAGACUCAGGCUGACGAAGUCUUGCAAAAACUGCAACACAAGGUAAGAAAGAUGCGGAUUGCCAGCCAUUUUGCAGCAUGGUGCGACGCGCGCUCCUGUUCUUAUCUGCAGGGGCAGCGGCACGCGGCGCGAAGCUGCCCCCACUCACUGCUGACAGAGUCAGCCUGGCUUUCGUGGGCGCUCGCGACGUCACAUCGAACGGAUCGCCGUUGCGCAGGUUAACAAGAUGAAGCUCAUCCUCGCUCUCGCCGUCGGCGCGACCGCCUUCGGGGGCUUCGGCAAGUCCGCCGCGCCGGCGCCGGCGCGCGGCGGCGGGAACCAGGUGGCACAGGGCGGUCAGACCGUCACAAACAUCCAGGUGCCCAAGAUCUUCACGACGGCGUUCGGCGACCCCGGACGCCUCCAAGAACGAGCCGCUCGCGCUGAGGCCAAAAAGGCGGAGGCCGAGGCCCAAUUGAUCCCCACGCCGGCGCGCUUCGCUUUCGCGUUCGGCCGCCCGGACAUCCUCGCCGAGCGCCGCGCCGAGCGCCUCGAAAAGUGGCAGUGGAGCGACGAGUUCCUCGCCAAGGCGCGCCCGGACAAGGGCAACUACGGCCAGGGCGACGUCUACGACGACGGUCUCACGAAGUUGGAGCGCACCCAGAUCGAGCAGGGCCGCGAGGCCUACUUGACCGGCGGCGCCAAGCUCCGGUACAAGCGCCUCACGGGCCAGAUCUAGAUUUCGCGCGGCGACAACGUUUUGUACCGGGUAACAGACAUUUGAAUCAGAAGACUAGAGACGACGGAACACUUAUCCGGGACACUACAGGGGCCGCGGCGGCGGGGGGAGGCGAAGCUACUACGCGGGCGCGAUCGCGCCGGUGCGGCUCGGCGCCCGCAGGCACCACAGCGCGCACGGGGCGCAGAGGCACCACGUGAUGGAGAGCAAGGAACCCACCACGAUUAUGCCCAACGGCGCGUAGUAGAAC